AUGAAGGCAGGUGAGAGCCAGAACAGCAAUAGCCAGAACAGCAAUAGCCAGAACAGCAAGAGACAGAACAGCAAUACCUUUGGUUCAUCAUGUCUUACACUCGAUUACAUAGCCGCAAAUUGCCGGGUGUCCUUUGUGUGCGGUUGUGGAUUAGUGGGCGGCAUGGUUGAAUUGAUUUGCUUUCGAAGUGCUCGCACUUGCAAGGUUAUCUGGAUGACGCAGAUCAUAGUGGCGAUCAACAUAAUCAAUGCCAAAAUUUCAAACGUAAAGACCCAGCGCCAUGGAUGUUUUUGGAUGUAA